CUUGGCUCUUUUUUUCAAGUUUUUGGUUUGACGCAUGCGUCCGCCUUUAUUGGGAACACAUGCAGCUGCGAAGUUCCAUGACUUCCUCCGGUAAUCUCAGCGGCUAUCACAUACCCCACCUGGCGCCAGGAGCCACUGCAAGUGGCGUCCCGGACGACCAGUCCCUGAGAGCUUCUCCAACGCCACCGCCGGUAUUCGGCGGAACCGACAAACCACGGUUCCUGGCACCCGGCAAACCUGGUGGCGAGCCAACGGCAAGUACGAGGCCACCGAAGCGAAAGGCCAAUGGAGAGAUAGCCACCAGUUUGGAUGAUGGCAAUGGCAAGGACCUGGAACUGUUUCCCGGUCGCGACAAGAGCUAUCCGGACGGGCUGAACCAGCUAAUCGGACCACUGUCCUGCAAGCUGUGCUCGGUGCAGAUGACUUCGAUGAUUUCUGCCCGCGACCAUUACGAGUCCAGGGCUCAUGAUCGCCAUAUCAGCGCUUGGCUGGCCAAGAACUACACGGACGCAGGCCUGGAGGCGCCUCCGGUUAAGCGGUUCCUGAAGCGAAGUCCCACCGGCCCCAAUGCCUUUCACUGUGACCUCUGCGAUCUGGAUCUCAACUCGGCCGCUCAUGCCAGUCAACACUAUUCGGGACGGAAGCACAAGCUGGUGGAGCAAAAGGGCUCGCGACCCUCGGGUGCCGGUUACUACGAUGCCGCCGGCAAGUGGGUGCGAAUGGGAUGCAAGUUCGAGGUGAAGGUUAGCCCGGACGGGCGGUAUGGCAUCGGGGCGCUGUUCCAUAAGACUGAGACUAGGUCAGCUGAAGAGGAAGCAACAGGGGCAGCAGCUGGAGGGGCGGUUGAAGGAGUACCAGCAGUUGGAGGAGCACCAAAGCAAACUGCCGAGGACACGGAAUGUUCGUGCAGUCUAUGCAAUAUAUCCGUAACAUCCGCCAAUCAGAUGGAGAUGCAUUUGAAAGGGGCUCGCCACCAGAGCAAACUUCGCAAUGCUGGACAAAAGGAGCCACCGGAUGUAUCAUCAUCUGCAGCUUCAGCUUCUCAGGCUACCGAGAAUGCCGAGGGCUUGGAUCUCCUCAUGCAUCGCACACCCACUGGUCAGUACUACUGCAAGCCCUGCAACAAGAUGAUGAACCAUGUGACAAGCUUGCAGCAACAUCUCGUGGGCAAGAAGCAUCUGAAGACGGCGAAGAACUCGGAGCAGGCGGAGAAAAGUGCCUAACAAAUGUCCACCAUUAAUUUUUAAAUUAAUAAAUUUAUCUCAAAGGCUUGCUUAAUUUAUAAGACUUUUCAAGUAAAUAAAUUCCAAAACUCAACCAGUAUAGAAUCUGCUUCUGAUUCCAAA